UGAAGUAAUCUUAUGAUAUUUUGCAAUACUCUUAAUGUUAUUAGUUAAGUGAACUUCAAAAAAACAAAACAGGAUAGAUUUCACCUAAUUACAGACAAUUUCAGGAUCAAUAUUCAGCAAUAAAUGAAAAAAAUAGAAGUAAAACAGCAGACAUAGACAUAGCUGCUGAGUUGUUAAAAAUCAGCAGGACGUGGUUCAUUAGAAAUAGUGAUGGCCAGCAAACUGCAUACCAUGAUUUCAAAAGGUGUAGUACUGUUUAUGUGCCAAACCCUAAAACAUGAAUGGAAAUUUAAUUAAAAUGAAAAGUAUCCUUGUUUUCUGCUGUACUCUUUGGAAUUGUCACACUUCUCCCCCUCCAGUCGAGGCCAGGUACAGCACUCUAAACAAAUGCGGGAACCUGACCAAACUCCCUGACCUGACCUGCCCUGGAUGGAGCACUGUCAGUCUCUGGGUAUUAACACACUGGUCAAAGGCACAAGCUGAUUUCUUGCAAAUACUAGGUGGAUUUUGGCAGAUGCACUCCUACUCCUGAGCAACUCAUGCUGCAGCCAGGUGGAGAAGGGAAGAAACUGUGUGGGACGAGCAGUGUCUAUUUGAAAAAAAGGUUGCUUUGUAUUAAGGUUGCUUUAUAUACAUAUAUACAUAUAAAUACAUGAACUUGCUUUGGGUUAAAUAUAUUAUAAAAUUAUCACUAUAUCAAAAUAUAUCAAUAGCCUGUUUUUUUCCUGGAAAACUACAGAGCAGUCCUGGAGAUUGAAGCUUGACUUUCUAUCCUGUUAAAAUGUUCCCAUGGUCCCUUGGCAGAGUUUGGCCCAGACCAAAGAGCACACUUCACAGUCUGAGAGUUAGCACAAGCACAUCAAUUAUCCUCUGUAGGCAAUGUGGAUGUGGCCACCUUAUUUUGAAGGAUGGAGUGGACUAUCCUGCAUCAGCUGAGCUCAGCACCUUGUUUAAUCUUCUAGUACAGAAGCAGUCUGCAGCUGCAGGCUGGCUGCCAGUCGCAGUGUUUGUUAAAGCUGCAGUCGGAUUACUUCGGAAUGUCUCAGGUGUUGCCCACGAACACAAGACCAGUGUGUGUCCUGGUCCAUGAUCAUUUCAUUGCUCUUAAGAACUUGCCAGCAUAACCUACUGAUUUUCCUCACUUUGUGAGCACAAACUAUAUGUCAGUUCUGAUUUCCCACCCCUUAACACUCUGAAUUUGUUGCAAGAUCAUUAACUAACUUUUCGGGUAGGGGAAAAAAUUAGCGAGUAAGUGGCAUUUUGUGGCAGGGACAUAAAACAUAACAUAACCCCAGCUGCAGCAAAAAUGGUCAACACGGCGGCAGAAAUGGCAAAUCCUGCAGUAUCGUGGAAAAAUGACAAAACGAUACAACUGUAGAAGACCCCAGGAUGCCCCCGUGCUCGGAGCCGCCAUGCCGCGUGUGGGCACCAUUUAGCAGGAUCCGCCCGCCGUGCACGGAGCCGCCAUGACGGAUGUGGGCACGUCAGAGCGGGGCCCCGCCCCCUCACUGCCGCCGGCCAAUGGCAGCGCGGGAGGCGCGGCUCAUCGCGGAAGUGGGCGUGGCCGGCGGAGCGCGGGAAGCCGGGGCUCGGGCCGGGGACAGGUUGGGCUUCUCGCUGUGCCUCGGCGGGCGGGGGUCGGUCAGUUGGGCCGGGGCCGGAGGCGGCUCUGGGGCGGCACAGAUGGAGUUCUCCAGCCGAGCGAGGCAGAAGCAUUUGCGGCUGGCUGGGGACCGACGGGAGCUGUACCCUCACAGCCUGCAGUUCUACCUGGAGCCCCCCACGGAAAGCAUCUCGCUGGUGGAGUUCGAGAGCUUUGCCAUCGACCGCCUGAGGCUGCUCAAAGUAGUUGAAAACCUUGGUGUGAGCUAUGUAAGAAGUACUGAUUCGUAUAAAACUAAGCUGGAGAAUGAGCUCCGGAAACUUAAGUUUCCCUACAGAGCUUUGGCUGAAGAUGAUUAUGAGGCAAGAAGAAAAGAUCAUAUCUCUCAUUUCAUACUACGCCUUGCUUACUGCCAGUCUGAGGAUCUCAGGCGUUGGUUUCUUCAGCAAGAAAUGGAUCUCUUCCGGUAUCGCUUCAGCCAACUAACUGAUGGUUUAAUGCAGAAAUUCCUGGAACAUGUUAAUUUAUCAUUUGAAGCUGUUAGUGAAGACCUGAAAACUGAACUGGCAAAUGAGCUGUGUGCAUCAACUCCUGGCCUCAGCCUGCCUAAAGUAAAAGAACAAAUGUUCUAUAAGGUUGGACUUGCGGAUGCUGUAGAUCUAUUUAGAACCAGAAGAGUAUUUGUUAAAGAUGGCUUUGCAUAUGUGCCAUUUAAGGAGAUUGAUGUGAUUGUUUUGAAUAACUAUAGAACAAAAUUAUCUAAAGCGUUGGCGCUGACGGCACGAUCGCUACCUUCCAUACAGUCUGAUGAGAGACUACAACCUCUGCUUAAUCAUCUCAGCCAUUCUUAUGUUGGCCCAGAUUACAGCGUCCAAAAGAACACUGGAAAAAUUUCUCUAGAGCAGAUUGAUUCUCUUUCUGUGAAGUCGUUCCCUCUCUGCAUGCGGCAGUUGCACAAAGCGCUGCGCGACAGCCAUCACCUCCGUCACGGGGGGCGGAUGCAGUAUGGGCUGUUCCUAAAGGGCAUCGGCCUGACUCUGGAACAGGCACUGGAGUUCUGGAAGAAAGAAUUUAUCAGAGGAAAAGUGGAUGCAGAUAAGUUUGACAAAGGAUAUGCUUACAGCAUUCGCCACAGCUAUGGGAAAGAAGGAAAGAGAACUGAUUAUACCCCAUACAGCUGCAUGAAGAUUAUCAUGUCCAAUCCACCAAGUCAAGGGGAUUAUCAUGGGUGCCCAUUCCGACACAGUGAUCCUGAGCUACUGAAGCAAAAGCUGCAGUCAUACAAGAUCCCUCCCAGUGGAAUAACUCAGAUCCUGGAGUUGGUGAAGGGCAUGCAUUACCAACUGGCCUGUCAGAAGUACUUUGAGUUGACACAUGAGGUUGAUGACAUUGGGUUUUCUUUGAAUCAUCCUAAUCAGUAUUUUACAGAGAGUCAAAGGCUAUUAAAUGGUGGUAGAGAACCAAAGAAGGAAUUAAGUACUUCAGGAAACUCUCAACAAAAAAAUAAUAGUCAGGAAAGCAUGAAUUUGAAUUCAACUCCCACCUCUUCAAAUACAACAGCUGAUACAGAACUGGAGGGACUGGAAGCUUACUUCACUGAAGACUAAGCAGCUGUAUUACUUGGGUGUUAUUUGUGUUAUUUUUUUCUUUCUUUCAUUCUUUCACUUCUCUAGCUGGAUUUGUCUCUAUACUAAGGGAUAUGCACUUCACUACCUGGAAUACACAGAGAUUUUUUGAAUAGACUGAAAAAAGAAAGAUAGAUAUUGAAGCUGUAAUUGCAUCCAGUACCUAUUUUCACUGCUUUAAGAGGCUGUUUUAUAUGGCAUGUUUUAAGGAUGAGAAAUGAAAGUUCCUUCCCAAUUAUUAGGUGAUUUUUGUCUGAUUUACCUUUUUUUUUUGGUUUUCUUCAAAAUGUUCAAAUAUUUUUAUCCCAUUUUGUGGUUGAUUAUCUAUGUAUCUUCUUAAUAAAUAAUUUGCAAAGCAAAAA